AUGGCCGACGACGAUACGGCCACCACCGCCCCUCUCCUGAUAAGCCACAAGGCCAAGCCGGCGGAGGUGCCGUCUAUCGAUGACAUCAUCGAGACGUGCGUCAGCGGCACCGGCGCCAUGCAGCUGCUCAAGGCUUUCCUGGUGGUGUUCGCGAGGGCCUUCGACGGGCAGCUGCUGUUCAUCUCCGUGUUCACGGAGGCCGAGCCGCGGUGGCACUGCGUCGCCGGCGACUCGUCCUGCUCGCGGUCUGCUGCCGCCACGCCGUGCGCGCUCCCGCCUGACACGUGGGCGUGGGACCGGCCGGCCGAGGCGUCCGUGGUCUCCGAGUGGGCCCUCAGCUGCGCCGGCCCGGCGGUCGUCUCCCUCCCGGCGUCGUCGUUCUUCGCCGGCUGCCUGGCCGGCGGCUUCCUGCUCACGAUGCUCGCGGACUCGCUCCUCGGGCGCAAGAAGAUGCUCGUCGCGGCCCUGGCGUCCAUGUCCAUCGCCGGUGUGCUCACUGCCUUCGCGCCGAACGUCUGGGCGUACGCCGCGCUGCGGUUCGCCUCCGGGUUCGCCAGGUCGAUGGUGGGCACGUGCGCGCUGGUCCUCUCCACAGAGCUCGUCGGGAAGCGGUGGCGCAACACGGCGAGCUUUGCGGCAUUCUCCUGCUUCACCCUCGGCUUCCUGUCCCUCCCGGCGGUGGCCUACGCGUUUCGCGAGGCCUCGUGGCGGAGCAUGUACUUUUGGACGUCCCUGCCCUGUCUCUUCUACGCUGUCCUGCUCUACUUCCUCGCCCAGGAGUCGCCGCGGUGGCUGCUGGUGCGCGGCCGGACGCAGGAGGCCGUCGAGACUCUGCAGCAGAUCGCUUCGCGCAACGGCGCGACCGCCAGCAGCUUGUCCAUGCUGCAGAACGCAUGCGCAUUCUCCAUGUAUGAGGACUCCGGGACCAGAGGUGGCGGCUUGUUCGCCACGCUGCAGGCAAUGCUGGAGCGCCGUUGGGCGAUCCGGAGGCUGGCCGCGGUCAUGGCGGCCGGCUUCGGCGUGGGCAUCGUCUACUUCGGCAUGCCGCUCAGCGUCGGCAGCCUGGGGCCCGACCUCUACCUGAGCGUCACGUACAACGCGCUGUCCGAGCUGCCGUCGGCCGUCCUCUCGUGGUUCGUGAUCGCCAGGGCCAACCGGCGCGGUUCGGUCGUGGCGCUCGCCACGGCGGCGGGGGCGUGCAGCCUCGCGUGCGUCGCCAUCCCGCGCGGCGCGGGGGCGGCGCGGAUGGCCGCCGAGCUGCUGUCAUUCUUCGCGACGAGCACGGCGUACAACGUCAUCCUGAUCUACGCCAUCGAGCUGUUCCCGACGUCCCUGCGCAACUCGGCGCUGGGGCUGGUGCGGCAGGCGAUGGUGCUGGGCGGCGUGGUGGCGCCCGUGCUCGUCUCGCUCGGCCGCGAGCGGAGCUUCUGGUCGUUCGGCGUGUUCGGCCUCGCCAUCUGGUGCUCCGGGCUCUUCGCCGCCUGCCUGCCGGAGACGAGAGGGAGGAGCCUGUCCGAUACCAUGGAGGAGGAGGAGCGCAAACAGGCCGCCGGCUCAUCAGCCGCCGUUGCCAAGAAUGGUGAUGAUAGUCACCUCGUGUAA